GGAGCCCGAAGUGAGCGUAAGUAUGGCUGCUGAAUCUUUGUAUCCGUUCACGAAGACUGUUUGUCUUCGCCGACGUGAUAGAGUCAACAAAGCAGGCUCCGCAUGAUAAGCUCCCCUCGUGGAAAAUUCUAAGAAAAAACAAUAUAUAAACCUGCUUCUUCCCGCUCUCUCUAGAACUUCAUCAGACUCACACAACUGUCAAGUUACAUAUCAUCAAAGGCCUUAAACUCUUACAUUUUCACUCAACAUAAAUUUACCUCAAGCCAUCAUGCAGAUGCUCAAGAUCACCGCCAUUCUGGCUUUCGCUGCCACCUUUGCUGCCGCCGCCCCUGGUGCAAAGCUCAACGCUGCUGCGAAGCGCCAGACUACCGAGUUCGGCCCUUACCCUGAGGAUGACUACAACACCAAACGUCAGACCACUGAGUUUGGCCCAUAUCCCGAAGAUGAUUACAACACCAAGCGUCAAACUACCGAGUUCGGCCCUUACCCUGAGGAUGACUACAACACCAAACGUCAGACCACCGAGUUUGGCCCAUACCCCGAAGAUGAUUACAACACCAAGCGUCAAACUACCGAGUUCGGCCCUUACCCUGAGGAUGACUACAACACCAAGAGACAGACCACUGAAUUCGGUCCUUACCCUGAGGAUGACUACAACACCAAGAGACAAACCACCGAGUUCGGCCCAUACCCCGAAGACGACUACAACACCAAGCGUCAGACCACCGAGUUUGGCCCAUACCCCGAAGACGACUACAACACCAAGCGUCAGACCACCGAGUUUGGCCCAUACCCCGAAGACGACUACAACACCAAGCGUCAGACCACCGAGUUUGGCCCAUACCCCGAAGACGACUACAACACCAAGAACUAAUCUUCCUACGUUCAAGGUGAAACUGCCCGUCCAAAUUAAGUCGCAGUCACACCCGGCAAUUAACGCUACUUUACUGAUGCUUGGGUUUCACCACUGGGCUUACUUUCGAUGCUGAGUUGUCUGAUAUGUAUCGGUGACAUCUGGAUGCUCGGAUCUAGAAACAAUUUAUGACUACAAUAUAUUUCUCACACUUGGCCUAUAAUUCUAAAUGAAGUGAUUUUGAAUCUAAUA